AUGACAAAGUUCUAUACUUCUAAAACAACAACUAUAUUUCAAGGAAGAAUAUUGAAAUCGAAACCACUUAUAAUUCUAUUAUUCUUUAGUUAUUAUAAUAAAUCGGAUUUAAAAGAAAGACAAAAAGAGAUAGAUUCUGUCAUAGAAAAGAAUCUGAAGAAUCCUUAUAUUAAUAAGAUAUGGCUGUUUGUCGAGCCAGGCAACGAACCUUCACAUCUCCUUAAGAGUAGGUUCAAUCGACAAAAGUGUAAUUUAAUACCGAUCGACGAUAAACCGAUGUAUGGUGAUAUGUUUCGAUAUGCUCAACAGAAUUUGAAUGGCCAGAUCGUUGCAAUCACCAACACCGAUAACUACUUUGACGAAACUCUAAAGCUACUGGUCGAUCCCACCAUCGAUUGGAAUGAGCGAAUGUUCUUCCUGACACGUCUAGAGGAUCACAACGGUAACAUUCUCGACAUGGAGAAAUGCACAAGAUUCUACGAUUCCUACGAUUCAUUCAUUUUUAAAUCACCUCUGAACAACACCUCACUGCUUUUCAGUAAGCUAGAUAAAAUCGAAUAUGGUACAGAAGACGUUGAAAAUAUAAUAUUGAAAGCAUUGUAUGAGUCGAAUGGUAUAAUGGGAGAGGAUCCUUGUGAGUUUCUAAGACUUUACCAUCAUCAUCACGAUGAUGAGAAUAGAGAACAACACAAAGCAGUGGAUGAGAAAGACAUUAGAUCAAACUAUCCACUAAAGAUCUCAGAGCUAUCACCUCCAUCAUUAAAUAUAUUGAUUAUAUCCAUUCGAAUAUUAGAACUUUUGAAAAGAUAUUCUUAA